AAUAUAUAGUUUAACUGUAUUAGUUUAAAUGUAAAAAUCUCAAUCUUAUAUAUUAUACAAAAUGUCAAACUUCGCGCGCAAGUCAUGCACAAUAUGGCGUUUCUCCCUGAAUUCCGUACACUCUCUCUCUCUGUACAUGUUACAUCCUGUUACAAACUUUCCCUCAUAGAGGCAGGUAAAUAAAAAAAAAAAAGAAUAAUUUUUUAUGUCAAGUUUUAUUGCCACUCGCUUGUCAUUGGUAAGUAGUUAUUAAACUAAUGGCUACGGAAGAGCAUAAACGCUUGGCUGACGUUGUGAAGAGAACUCAUUCCUUGUUGCGCGUCGAGUGUCAUCGAUAUGGCGCCAAGAUCGCGUGGGAUCGUCAUGUGGCGCGAAAUGACGUUUUGCAGGAAUACGCUGAAUCUAUGCAAAAACUAGCCACCAAGUACUGGACCGAGAAUAAUUCGAAAAAUGGAACAUACUGCAGAAUGGAAUGGAUAAAACUUCAGUGCAAGGAAUAUUUUUUGAACGGCGGUGAAGAAAAGUUUUAUAACAGGGAACAAGAUAUAAAAAGAAAGAUGACUCUUGAAAAGUCAAGCAUCGCGGAAGAUCAACAAUUCGAAAAUAAUCAGAUUCUUAUGGAAAAUAAGUCACAAAAUUUUCACAAUCAAAGAAUAUCAAUACUGGAUGUGGGAAGUUGUUACAAUCCUCUGAAUGUUGACGAUACGUUCAACGUUACCGCGAUAGAUCUGAUUCCCGCGGUGGAAGGAGUGUUUCAGUGCGAUUUUUUGAACGUCGACAUUGGAAGAGAAAAUAUUUUUUCAUCGGACAUGAAAAAAAUUUAUCAACUACAAACGGAUACAUUUGACGCUGUGAUAUUCUCUUUGUUGUUGGAAUAUCUGCCGUGUCCAAAACAAAGAUACGUUUGCUGCAAAAAUGCGUAUAACGUAUUAAAAAGCGGUGGGAUAUUGAUUAUUGUAAGUCCAGACUCUAAUCAUAUCGGUGCAAACGCAAAACUAAUGAAAUCUUGGAGAUAUACGUUGAGUAAAUUAGGAUUCAUGAGAAUCAAGUACGAAAAGCUACGCCACAUUCAUUGCUUGGUGUUCAGAAAAUGUGUGUGCAAAGAUGUGGGAGUGCGAUGGGCCGAUCUACAACAAUUUUCUGAAAAUGACAAAAGAUAUAUAUCCGAAAUAGAAAUAUUUAUUCCACAGGACUUUCAGACUAUCAGUUUCAAGGAGAAACAGGAAAAAAUCAAUUACGUCGAAACUGAGGUAGCAAACACUUUUUCUGAAUUGCCUUUUGAUAAUGAAACGUCAUAA